AUGUGCUCACAAGGGUCGUGUACGCGAGCUGGUUGCGGCAACAUGGAGGAGGAUUACGGAGUGUUUAUCCUGGACGUAGAGGGCACUGUGUGCCCUAUCGCAUUCGUGCGGGAGCAGCUAUUCCCUUAUUUCCUGGACAAGGUGGAAGAACUGAUCAAUAAUGCGGACGAAACCGAGCGGGACCUGCUUGCGGAUAUGCAGUCGCGCCACGGUGGGGCGGCAGCCGCCUCGUUGCUGCGGCAGUUAGUUGCGGAGGACGUCAAAGAUCCCGCGCUCAAGGCACUGCAGGGGCGCGUGUGGGAGCGCGGGUACGCAAGUGGUGAGAUCACGGCGCCGGUAUACGCGGAUGCCGUGAGAUUUAUUCAGAGGAACGCCGGGCGGGUGUAUAUCUACUCGUCGGGCUCGGUGCAGGCGCAGCGCUUGCUAUUCGGUCACGUGAGCAACCCGUCAGGCGAUGGUGUGCUGGACCUGACGGGACACCUAGCGGGGUUCUUUGAUAUUCCAGCUGCGGGCCGGAAAACGGAAGCUAAGUCUUACGAGCGCAUCCUUGCAGCAAUCGGGCUUGAGCGGCAGCCGGGAGCGGCCAUCUUCGUGAGCGACAGCGUCGCGGAAUUGGACGCGGCUUCUGCGUCGGGUCUGUCCGUACGGCUUGCCGUGAGGCCGGGCAACGAAAGGGUUUCCGGGGCCCGCUACACGACACUGACAGACUUUGAGGGCCUCUAG